GUUCAUGGAUGAUCCUUUGCAGUUUCGCUGUCCUUCCUCGGUAGUCAUUCGUACGUUGUAGACCGGGGAGAUAUCGUCUGUACAGUACUAUGGCAGUCAUGCAACCUGCCUGUUUCCUAACCUUGCCCUCGGAAUUAAGGAACAGCAUCUACACCUAUGUCUUCGAUUCCCUUCCGGAGUGCGAGGAGCUGGACGCUCCUCCUGAAAGACUUCUACUGCUCUCUGCGCCGAUAUUUCGGUUCGAAAACCGCACCACGUAUCUAGACUCUGCAUACCAUAACAUCCAGGCCCGCCGCAAGCUUGCCGUACUGGCGACAUGCCGUCAGAUCCACGAUGAAGCUCACCUCAUGGCCUUAUCCAAGACUUCCUUCCACAUCAGCGGUGAAUGUACCUAUCCCGAUCUCUUCAACAUUAAGUCGCGACCGCUUAAUCCCAGCAAGAUUGGCGCGAUACGGCACCUUACGCUCACGGCGCGUAUCAGUCAUCUACGAGCGCUGAACGAGACAUGGGGUGGCUUGCCGUUUGGGCAUGCUGGUCUGGACCUAGAUACGCUGACGAUCAUUCCACGGCGGCCUGACUGCAGCACCUCCGCCUACGCCGAGGUGGCAGACUUGAGCCAAAGCCAUACACUAGCCUACAUUUUCGCCGAGACGUUGAAGAGCCUACGCAAUGUCGGGGCGGUGGAGGUGAGGAACUCGGCUUGCUUCAAUGACGUGGUUUGGAGGAUUGUGUAUCGAAGCCUAGUCUAUAGGACGUGGAGGUGGGGUGGUGAGUGCUGUGGUGUGAGGUUCGAGGCGAGUCCAGACGCGGACAAUGAGAGAGAUGCCUGGUUCAAGGUGCACUUUGGGGAUGGCAAAACAGGUAGUGAUGUAGGGGAGGAGGUUAUUCGCUUAGCUGGAGGGGAGAUGCCUGAUCGCGAUGCGCCUGGAAUGUGAGAUAGCACAGAUAAUGUCCCUAAACUUAUGGUUACGCCGGAUAGUCGAGUAAGCUGAACUGCUCUCGGG